AUGCUCGUGCGGUCGCCCUGGUGGCGUGCGCCGCAGCGGGCGCGCCACACGUGGAUGGUGCUGAUGACGGACGAGUGCGCCACGAUGGCACCGCUGGACAUCGCCGCCUUUGUGCAGCGCACCUUCGAUGACGGCUGCUGGGCGCCGGCUAAGGGCUCGGCGGUGCCGGCCGCCGGCAUGACGACCAGCGGUGCGCAGUCCGCAGCCGUGGCGCCUGUGAGCUACUGGCCUGUCUCUUCUUCGCCGCUGGCGGCAUCCGGACCACCGCCCCUGCCGAUUGCCGGUGCACCGGCGGCGAGGGCGCACGCAUGGGCUGCGGUGGCGCGCCUCCUGUGCGAGAGCGGCGACUGGGUUCGCGCUGCUGCCGUCGUCGACGGGCUUCCGCUGCCGGAGCAACAGGCUGCCAGACACAAGGCGGUGCGCGAUGAGUGGCCGCUGCCACUGCCGGUGCGGGAGUCGUGGAGGCUGGCAGCGACCGCAUGGGCCGCGGCUGCGGCGCCACUCCCCGCCCCCGGCGCUGAGUGCCCUGCGGGCGCCCUCCAGAGUGUCGCCCUACCGUCGCGCGAACCCCUCGCGUCGUGCCGCACCACCGUAGCUUGUGCGGGCGGCCGUACGCCUUGA